GCGAACAGUGGCGGGCGUGUAUGCUAUAUGUGUGAGUGGUGCGUUCUUGUGGCCUCGGUGCAGUGUGGAGUGACGGGCUGACGGCUGCUGGACCGGCGAGGCUGUGCAGAGCGCGCGGGAGGCAUGGCGGACGCGAGCUGAUCCCGCGGGUGCAGUGCUCGCUCGCGCUCCGCGGAGGGUUUAUGGGUAUAUGUGUGAGCUGCCGGCGCCGUGAGCGAAAGGCUCCGGAGAAGCGUUGGGGCGCGGCAGGCUCCGCGAAGGGCGCGGCGGCAGAGUUGCUACCGCGGUGCAUCAACCUGCGAGCCAUGGCCAACUCCAUCUCCAAUAUCAAAAUGACAAACCCUAUCAAAAACAUGGUGAGCAGGCGCCGAAAACGAUACGUGAAAGACGGCUUCAACUUGGACUUAGCAUAUAUCACGGACAGGCUAAUAGCGAUGGGGUUUCCCGCGGAGAAGCUGGAGGGCGUGUACAGGAACCACAUAGACGAGGUGUACAGAUUCCUGGAGCAGAUGCACAAGGACCACUACAAGAUAUACAAUUUGUGCUCGGAGCGGUCGUACGACGUGACCAAGUUUCAUCAGAGGGUGGUGCGAUACGCGUUCGAAGACCACACGCCGCCGAACAUCGAGCUGAUCCAGCCGUUCUGUGAAGACGUGCACUCGUGGCUCAACGCCGACUCGCGGAACGUGGCCGCCGUGCACUGCAAGGCGGGCAAGGGCAGGACAGGCACAAUGGUAUGCUGUUACUUAUUAUACAGCGGGCAGAAAGCGACGGCCGACGAGGCGCUCAAAUUCUACGGCACUAAGCGGACACACGACGAGAAAGGCGUAACGAUCCCAUCGCAGCGGCGCUACGUGGAGUACUUCGCGGCGCUGGUGCGGUCGGGGCUGCGGUACAGCGCGAGCAAGGUGCACAUCCGCGAGGUGCUCAUGUCGCCGCCGCCCGCGCUCACCGCGCACUGCACGCUCGAGAUCACCGUCGCGCAGGCCGAGCCGAGCUUCAAGACGAUGCUGGGCGCGCACGAGGCGCGGCGCGGCGGGCGCGCGGUGCGCGUGGCGCCGCAGUCGUGCACGCCGCUGUGCGGGGACGUGCGGCUCGACGUGUACGCCAAGCAGAAGAUGAUGAUGCGCAAGGAGCGCCUCUUCCACCUGUGGUUCAACACAUUCUUCGUCACCGCCUGUGUGGGUUCGCAGCCAGUGCCGUCACCGCACGACAGUCCAAAUCUAGAAACGUUUAAGUUGACGUUAAACAAAUGGGAGCUGGAUGACGCGCACAAGGAUAAGCAGCAUAAAUUGUACAGUGCAGAUUUUAAGGUGGAGAUAAUAAUCCAGAAGCAGCCGGAGAGCUCCAAGUUCAGCGGGCACUGCUCGCGGCCCUCCUCGCCGCCCUCCUCCACCGCGUCCUCGUGCUCCGAGCCCGACACCGAGCCCGACGCGCACUGGGACUCGGGCGCGGGGUGCGAGCGCGUGGGCCGCUACCGGCCGCUGUCGCCGCUCUGCGACACAAACACGUGAAUCUACGUACUUGUGAGGGUGGCACCUUGGCUCAGUUAACCCCUCCUUUACUAAACGACAAUGAACUCUAACACGGUGCGGUAAAGACCAUUUUUCUAGUGACGUUGAAAAAUAUUUAGUGUUCUAUGUGUGUCUAUGUGUAGAUAUGUGGUAUUUGCCAUUAUGCGGGUUGUGCCAUGCCCCGAACUGAUGUGAUAAAGCUGAGUAAUUUUAAGCACUGUUUCAGCAUGAUAAUGUUACGCGAAUGAUUAGUUUCGGAUCAAUUGUUAAAUGAUUGCUGCCACCGUUCUCUCUUUCACGAAUGUAUGUUAUAAUUAGGUCCGCAUACGGGCUAUAUUCCCUUGCCAUUUUUGUCAAAGUUCUUUUGUAUAAAAAAACACAUUCCGUCAUUGAAAUAUCUAGGGGCGGUUAUUUAAGAAGUGAUCUGGUGAAAACUAAUCGGGUCGCAUGUCAAACGUGACCGCGUGAUCGUAUAUGUGACCGGGUGAUCGUGUGUUUGACCGCGAAAUCGUGACACGUCAUUGCGUGAUUACUAACAAAGUAAUAAAGACUAGGACAAAAAAUCUUGUGAAAUUUUGUUAAAUAUCACCUAUUGAUUUUCCUUCGGUUUUAUCAGUUAUUGUUCGGUAUGGAUACCAUUUGAUUAUUAAUUAAAAUUCGAUAAAAAAUUUACCACUUAUUAAUUUGAUUUGAAUGUGAUCAUAAUAUGAUCACGUGGUCACACACACGUUCACACGGUCACACGUGUGACCACGCGGUCAAGCGCGGCCAAAGUGUCACAAUGAAUGCGUAUUCUUUCCUUAUGACUGAUAAGUACAGAGUGGUUUUCUAAUUUUGUAUUCCUCUUCAGUUCCCUGGGAGUCUUGUUUGAGUUAAUGUUUACUUGCAUUUCGAGCAAAUCGACACAUUUUUCUAAAUAAAUGAAGCGAAUGAUAUUAUGGUCUAAUGCCAUUAAAUUUAUAAAUACAGCAGUUCCAAUAAUUCCAUGAUAUGAAAGCUACUUGAUUGUGAAUGAUCCAAACUUUUUUUCCAAAAAAACAACUUUUUCUGAAAGACAUUUUCAAACGAUAUCUAUCUCUUUCUAUUGCUCAUAAAUACGAUAGACUAGAGCGAGAAGAAUAGCUUGCAUUUGCUGUCGAGUCGAUGCUGAUAAGAUAUCUUUCUCGCUCUAACGAAAGGUAUCUUUGAAUAACAGAAAGAGAUGGCAGUAAAGUGCAAUGUGUAUGCAAAGACAUUUAAAAAAUGUUUGCAAUAAUAUCAGAGGUAGAUUAAAAUUAUCAAAAUUACGAUUGGGACUGCAGUUUUAUUCCAGUACAUUAUUAAAUCAAUUAAAUAAUAAUAAUUAUUAUUGUAAUUACUUAAAUAAAAAAUGACGGUAUGAGAAAAUUUAAAUCGCAUGUUUGAGUACAAAAACUUUUUAAAUAAAUUAUAAUAAUUAGCGAAAGUAAUUAGUUCUGUUUUUAAUUUUUAUAUAUUUCGAUCGAAAUUCUUUAUUUCCUCAUUAACUUAGAUUUUUAGAUAAAUCUUUUAUAUUUUAUUAAUAAUUUUAUUGAAAUAUAAUGCCGUGAAGGUAAGGCAGAUUUCCCCACCAUACGGAUCCCUCGUGUGCUAUGAAUACUGAAAUAUAAUUUACUAAUAAUCUAUGUAAUAUUAUUAUUUCUCGAUAAAUACAUACCUAUUAUCUAAUUGUUUCAUUAUCGCAAUAAAAAUAUGUUUCAAUUUCUCAAAUUUAAUAUAAAAGCAAAAACUUUACUUGUGAUUGGUACAAUUAAUUAUUUGAUUAAUUUUUUUUUUCAACUAUAUUUUUUAAUACUUAAUUAUAAUUAUUGGUAUUCAGUAUGAAUAGUGCACAAUGAGGGGUCCCAUUGACUUAGUCUCGUAAAGGACAGUAGAUUUUUCGUUUAGGUACAAAGAUCUCAGUAACUGCCAUCGAAUUUAGGCAAUUGGUGUCCAUUGUGGAAUUUGAACUGAAUAUUCCAAAUUUUUUUUUUAUAUAUAUAUACGGUAAAAAAUGUCUAAAGUCGAGGUAUAUCAAAUUUCACAAACUAACAUUGGUUGUUUUAUUGUUAAUUCAAAUUCCACACUGGACACAUUUAUUGAUUAACAAAAGGAACUUUAGGUGGCUUAGUUUCUAUAUUUCUACAAAUCAAUGUUUUUAUACUUAUCACCCUUUAAAAUUGUAAUAAAAUUAUCGCAUUAGAUACUAACGUGUCUCACUAAAAUAUCAAUUGUUGGUUUAAUUUAUAAAACUCUAUGAAAAGAGCUUGCAAUGGGUUUAUUUAGGAUUUUAAUUAAACGCAUUAUAAUACUUUAAGAAAAUCUAACUAUUUGUAAACUAUUCAUUUAUCGAACAAAUGGACAAAUAUAAAUCAAGUCCAUAUUUUAUGAAAUAGGAUUAGGUUUUCUUCAAAGUAUUAAUGUUACCUUUACCUAAAUGCUCUAUUUAGAUAAAUAUUUGUGAAAACUAUGAAAGCUAUUUAAAAUUUUCAUACAGAGAAAAUACAGAUAUUCAAUUCUUCAAAUAUUCAAGUCUUUAAUUUAAAUAAACUUGUUGCAAGCUCUCAAUGCUUACAUCAAUGUUCCAAAUGAACAUAAUGCCUUUUUAUUGUUGACCCGACUAUUCAAGUAUUUGGUUUUGGAAACAAUGCUAGGAACUCGGUGGCGAUUGUUCAUUUCCUGGCUUCUGUUCUAUCUGUGCCAUAGACUGCUCCGUCUAUGGCUUUCUCUUUUUAUCUGUGGAUGCCAUAUCGUUCGCGCGGUUUUUUAAAAAUCGCGAGAAUCGUAUGCGACGUCCGUACCUCUCUCGUUGGAGCUAUUCUAAGUUUUACUAUUUAUAUUAACACGUUGACAUACAUACCAAAUGGUAUUUUAUUUUGUAUAUGGUGUAAUUCUUUUAUAAUUUUAUACUUGUGUGCCGUGUGGAAUAUGUUUGAUGGAGAUUUAUUCAGAGGCUACGUCGUACCUCGGCUUAAGUUAAACCUUUGUUCCUAGCAUAUAGAUAUUAUGAUUUCUACAAGUUCGAGAGCCAAAAUUGAAUGUUUCGUUACAGCUAGGGAUGUAAAGAUUUAACUGAUCUUGCAUGUUAUUUUUGUUUUGCAAAUCUAUUCGUUAUUUGGAGCCUUAAUUUUCCUAAUUCGUGAAGUUUCGUAUGAAUAAAUUAUCGUUUGAAAAUGAAUAAAAAAAAUUUAAAGUUAUGCUAUUUCGGCCUCGUAAACGAAAGGAAACGGGUGAUUUUUGUGGAAAUGUAAAUGCGUGUAAAAUAAUUUCGUAUGAAUACAAAAUUAUAUAAAAUCUUGCCUACUCGUUUUCGGUAUCUGUAGUGGCACAUUGUAUUAUGAAAAAAUAUAUCUUUAGACAUGCAUAAUGCACCCGACGUCCGGUUCACUCGAAGGCGUGAAUACAUCUGUCGCACGUGAUAGUGCGGGUGCGACAGAGAUAGCGAUCGCACAACUGCAAGUGGAGUUGCAAUUUUGGAAAAUGGCAGGCCCAUGCGUGUAGCCGUUCUUGUUUCUAUGACGUUUAGGAUUGCGUGAGAUGGAUCUAUCCGGGUUUGAUAACGUGUAUGCCUUAAAAGUAACCUAUUGUGUUUGUGUUUUAUUUUAUAGGUUAUUUUAGGUUCGGAAGAAUGUUCUAAAUUUGAUGUUCGGACGCGGAGUUAAAAUUUGUAUGUUGGUAUGCUUAAGAGUCGGCUCUAUGGAGUGUUAGCGGUAAGUUAGGCGUAAGGUAGGUAGGUUAGGAACGUCAUAGAAUCAUCUGAACAUGGAUUGCAGUGUUGCUAUGUUAUAGGGGCGAACGACUCACGUACUUUGAAAAAUUAUAAAUUGAUUUAUAUUGCUUAGUAUUAUCAUCACAAAAAUUGUAAGAAAAAGGUAAAGAAAUCGUUCGCUCCUUCGGGAUAAGAUAUAUUAAGAUUGUUUGGGCUCGUGCUGUCCCAUUCACGAAUGCUUCCAGUAUGAAAAAAAAUAUUUUUUAGGUUUGAAUUUGUAACAAUAUUUCUGAUUAAUUAGUUUUUAAUUUAAUUUUUAAAACGCUUUUCACACGAACCCGCGCGCCAUUUUGUUUUCGAAUCAUUUGUAAAUAUAGAUUAAAUCCAAAUUACAUCGCGCCGGAGUGAUUUGUCGAAUAAUUUUUUUUAUAUAAAAAAAAAUCAGCGAAUUUGAAUCUAUUUGGCGUCCGUAUUUUUACGCGUUUAUCAAGUACAAAUUUAGGUGUUUUAAGUUUGAUUCGUACUAAGGUUAUUUCUGUAUGAGUUUUUUUACGGCCACCUUUAGUUGAAUCCCCAUUCCACUUAAAUUUGGUUCGCUCCUUCCCCCUCUUCCUUCAUCAAAGGUUUAGCUUUAAAGAUUGUUGUUUGCCUUAUAAGAAAAAUGUGAUCUUAUGACGAUUGUACUAGAAGGGUGUCGCAGUGGACGCGAUCGCGGCUCCUUGCGUGUGCACUCAUUUGUGUUUGUUGUGUUUGCGUCUCGGCUUUUGGCGAAGUAUUUCUAUUCCAACAAAAAGCAUUGUCGGUUGUUUAAUGCGACAUUUGGACAUGUUUGCUAAUAAUGUAGUGUCAAACAACUGCUUCACUAUCUAAAGCUUUGAAAUGCUCCCGUCAAACGAAGGGCCUGAUAUGUACGCGUCUUAAUUUUGGUUUGAACCGCGCAACGGCUGGCGAUCGCGUCACUGAAUGAAAGAAUAUGCCUUGUAUAAUGAUAACAAAAUGAAUUAUGUAAUAUAAGACUUGACAAUGGGCCGUGUUACUGUAGAAUCAGUGGAGUGUCAAUUGGAUACAUAGUUCGCAGAGUGAGCGUCGCCGGCGCACAUUUUUAAACGAUUUUCAAUAGUUUUUGGCGUGUUUUUAAAGAUUAAAGUAAGAAACGAGUUAUCUAAACGCAACAACGUUUUCAGCAAAUUGAUUUCACUAGUUGGUAAGGACUGUCUCCUCUGACAAUAUUGGCUUGUAUACUUUUGUAAACUUUUAAAGUUAGCGUUUCUUAACUGUUUACAUAAUAUUUCUAGCGGUCUAACGCACGGGCGACGCUCACUCGGCGACGUUUAAUUUUUUAUGAAUCGUAAGAAGUUCUUAGUUCCACAAUAAUUAAAAUAAUAAAAGAAUAUGUAAAUUUUUCUUAUCUUAGUAAGUAAAAGAUCUCAUAUAUCAUAUUUUUUGUUUUGUCUUUUUUAUAUUUUGAUGAACUUCAGAAUAGUCGAGUUGAUUUAAAGACAACCUAUGUAAAAUAAAAUAUAUUGAUGUAUAUAA